GAGGAAGUUUGGACCUUUUCGGCCACCGCUCGCUUCAAUAUGGCUGCCCCCAGGGAGAGACGAGACUACCGUGAAGGAGCCGAGCGCAGACCCUGAGUCCCUCACCCAUGGAUCGCAGCGCGGAGUUCAGGAAAUGGAAGGCGCAAUGUUUGAGCAAAGCGGACCUCAGCCGGAAGGGCAGUGUGGACGAGGAUGUGGUAGAGCUUGUGCAGUUUCUGAACAUGCGAGAUCAGUUUUUCACCACCAGCUCCUGCGCUGGCCGCAUCCUACUCCUUGACCGGGGUAUAAAUGGUUUUGAGGUUCAGAAACAAAACUGUUGCUGGCUACUGGUUACACACAAACUUUGUGUAAAAGAUGAUGUGAUUGUAGCUCUGAAGAAAGCAAAUGGUGAUGCCACUUUGAAAUUUGAACCAUUUGUUCUUCAUGUGCAGUGUCGACAAUUGCAGGAUGCACAGAUUCUGCAUUCCAUGGCAAUAGAUUCUGGUUUCAGGAACUCUGGCAUAACGGUGGGAAAGAGAGGAAAAAUUAUGUUGGCUGUCCGGAGUACACAUGGCUUAGAAGUUCCAUUAAGCCAUAAGGGAAAACUGAUGGUGACAGAGGAAUAUAUUGACUUCCUGUUAAAUGUGGCAAAUCAAAAAAUGGAGGAAAACAAGAAAAGAAUUGAGAAGUUUUACAACUGCCUACGGCAUGCUUUGGAAAGGGAAACUAUGACUAACUUACAUCCCAAGAUCAAAGAGAAAAAUAACUCAUCAUAUAUUCAUAAGAAAAAAAGAAACCCAGAAAAAACACGUGCCCAGUGUAUUACUAAAGAAAGUGAUGAAGAACUUGAAAAUGAUGAUGAUGAUGAUCUAGGAAUCAAUGUUACCAUCUUCCCUGAAGAUUACUAAGCUUUGGUUCCGAUGUGUCUUGGCCGUAAUGUUUCUAGUAGGUUUUAUAAAGCUGCUCUUUAUAAGAGUAUUUUAGUUUGUUGAGUGUAUCAGCCAUUCAUAAGCCAGUAAUGACAAGUACAGAGCUUCAAACUAUAACUUUGUUGCCCAGAGGAUGUGCAGUCGUCAUCUAAGCUCUCAGCAGUACCCGGCUUAUCCUGCGACUUCACCUGAAAUGCUAUAGUUAUCCCUACUUUUUUACCAGUUUCUCCCAGGAGCACCUGCUUAAUAAAUCAAAGAUGUUUGAAUGGUGUCUUAUUCUGAAAUAACCUGACCUAAGACAGGUAUUUAGAUUAUUUUGGAUACAUUUUGAAAAGGGAUAGCAUAAAUAUUUUAAGUAAAAAGACCUUUAUUUUAAAUAAUAGUGGAUAUUUUAAUGCUGGAAAUUAGCAUUAUAGUUGAUACGCCAGAAAUUAUAUCUUUGGUUGUGAUUUAAACUUAUGCUAUAAACUAAAUGAUGUAAAUACAUAGUUUUAAAAAUUCUUUUAGGGACAUGUAACUUUUAAGUAUCACUUCUAUAAUACAUAUUAUAGGAACAAAGAUUUGGGAAUAAUUGGUUACAGGUGAGGAAGUACUGGAAGUACUGGAAUUCCAGUUCAAGGAGAUACCAUUUCAUUUAGGUCUAAAAGGACAAGAUACAAGUUCACAUGAUGGGAAAAAUCAGAAAACCUCUCGCAGACAAAGGGUAUAUAAUGGAUAUGAGGCAUCAAAAAGCAUGGUAUAGUCAGUGAUGGGGAAUAGUCCAGAAAGGCUGAAACACAGCAUGUGAUGCGAGUCAAGGUAGUUGAUGCCCAACUGUGAAGGGCCGUUAUAAUCUAGCAUGGAGGUAGACAGUGUUUCCUUAAUAUGGCUGCAUAUCAGAAUUACCUAGGUCAGGACGAGGCAUGGAGAUGCUGCUUUAAUAGGCCCUGCCGCAGAUCUUCCAAACCAGAAUCUUAAUCCUGGAGUCUAGGAAUCUUUAUUUUUCACACAACUCAUCCAAGUGGUUCUGAUAAAAUCAGCCCAGCACUUUUAGAACCCACUGAUAACAGACUUAUUCCUGGAGACAGCAUUUGAGGAGGAAUUGAAGAUUUUCUAAUGAAAAGAAAAAGGGUCACAUGAACAGAUGUUGCAGUGUACCUGUGCCAGGGAUUUCAUGUGUACACUUUAUAGGAGAAUAAGCAAGAGCUCAGGUAAGUUAUAGUCCUUACCAUUGGGUCUAAGGCAGUUUCCAGGAAAGCAUGGCAACUUGUUCAGCUAUGUAAGUUGAACUCUGUACCACUUGGGAGGGAACAUUCCCCUAGAUGACAAUGUCAGUGGCACUCGAAGUUGUGCAGUGCACAUUCUUAUCUACCAACAUAUACAGCAGUCCUUCUGGGAAGGAAAUUUUGGCAGGAAAGGAAACUCACAGUGUCGGAAUGCCUGGAGCAUUUCUUCUAGUCUGGUGGACAGAAUAUGGAAGUAUCUGCCUGGCAGUGCAGUAAAUGAAAAGAGAAGAGAAAUGAAUAAAAAAAAAAGUUAUAAAUAACAGUAGGAAAGAGAGAGUGCAGGUGGAACGAGCCUAUCCUGUGGUGAAAUGACAACACAUUCUGCAGUUUUAAAAUCUAAGAGGCUCAUUGACUUCAUUCAUUUAAAUUGAUCUCCAAGAUAACUAUGUAUUUUAAAGAUUCCAUAAACUGAAUAUAUGAAUGAGAAUUAAGAGAGGGGCUGCUUCCUAAUCUGUUUAUAUCAGCUAUAGUAUAGUAUAAUCUGUUUAUAUAAGGUUAGUAGAGAGGAGACACCAGCUGCUGGCCAUAAACCUAAGAAGACAUUGAAUCCCAUUCACUCCUUAACAUUCCUUAAUAUACAUUCAUGAGCUACAUAACAACAUUUUAAUCGAUGGACCAUAUACCAUAUACGAUAUGGUGGCCCCAUAAGAUUAUAAUGGACCUGAAAAAUUCCUAUUGCUAGUGAUGUGGUCAUUGUAAAGCUGUAGCACAACACAUUACUCACAUUUGUGGUGACAGUCAUAUAAAAGUAUGGUACAUACAAUUAUGUACAGUGCAUAAUACUUGAUAAUAUGUUACUGGUUUGUGUCUUUGCUAUGCUUUUUAUCAUUAUUUUAGGGUAUACUCCUACUUAAAAUGUUAACUGUAAAACAGCUUCUGACAGGUCCUUCAGGAAGUACUCCAGAAGAAGGCGUUGUUGUCAUAGAAGGUGACAGCUUCAUGUGUGUUAUUGCCCCUGAAGACCUUCCAGUGGUACAAGAUGUGGAGGAGGAAGACAGUGAUACUGAGGAUUCUGACCCUGUGUAGGCUUAGGCUAAUGUGUGUGUUUAUAUCUUAGUUUUUCACAAAAAGGUUUUUCCAAUGUUAAAAAAAUAUAUAAAAAAGCUUAUAGAAUAAGGACAUAAAGAAAUAUUUUGUACAGCUGUACAAUGUGUUUUAAGCUAAGCAUUAUUACCAAAGAGUCAAAAAGUUUUAAGAAAUUAAAGUUUAUAAACCAAAUGUUCAUUGUGAGCUAAGGUUAAUUUAUUAUUGAAGAAAUAAAACAUUUUUAAUGAAA